AUGGCCUUACUUGAAAUUAUCGUCUUUCAGCUUCAAAUUUUAUUUUAUGUUUCCCAAGCAUAUAAUAUUGAUAUAUUAGUAUCAGCAGUCACAAACCCAACUCUGGCAGAGGACUUAUUGGCUUCUUUAAAUGAAAAGCUGCAGAACAAUUUCAUGAUUAUUCUCACAAAAGCUGAAGACUGUGAAAUUGAAAAUGGCUGCUUACACUUGCCAAGUCUUGUAAUUGACGCUACUUUUAAUACUUUCUACUCAUUUCAAGUCCAAACUUAUUCAGAAGCUGCUCAUUUUCUCUAUAUAAAUUUGAGACAGCCUACAGGUGUUUACGGAAAAUAUGAACUUUUUAGUCAUAUUCCUUAUAAUUUUCAUUACCAAGCAUUAAGUCUACUAGUGAGCUUCUUCAAUUGAGAAACAUUUAUAAUAGUAUCAAAUAGUGCCGUAAAUCCAAUUGUCCUUUUAUUUGAAAAUGAAGGCAAAGGCUCACCUGUUUUUUGUACCGACAAUGAAACACAAGAUAUUUAUGAUUUAAUUAUAGGAAGAGAAGUUAAAGCCAAAGGAAUUGGGAAUAUGAUAAUUCUUAAUAGUGGCCAAGGCUCUUCUAUGAUAAUCAAAAGUUUGGGCUCUAAAAUGAUGCUGGAAAACGGAUAUGGAGUCAUUUUAGGAAGUGACAGCAUUUGAGGGAAUUUUAGUAAUGAUGGAUUGGUAUUUUAUACUGAAGAAGGUCUUGAAAAGGCAGAAAGCGAUAGUCAUUUUGAAUAUUUGGCUUUAGAAAAAAUAUUGGAUAAGAUUUUGCAGGUAAUAGAUUAUAGAGCUUUCUCUUCAAUGGCGCGAUAAGGCGCAUUCCUAGGUUUUACCGGAGGGUCUUGGACAUAUGAAAACCUGCUAUUCCUUAUUCAUGGGGGAGACAAACAGCCUAAAUAAAGAAUUCUGCCUGAUCAAUCUCGAGAACUUGAAGAGAGGCUGUGUGAAAAAUUUACAUUUUGGUUCGUCAAAUGGAUCUGACGAGCCAAUUCUGGCCAGAACUUGAAUUAAAAAAUGAUAGUUGCCAGAAUUUUAUUAAUUUUCUGAUGAAGAGUAUGAUCAGAAUUUUAAUAAUUCCUUUUGACAAUAAAAUUUGAAAAUUCAAACUUUUAAUAGAAGAUUUAAAAGAGAUAAUUUAAGCAUAAAGAUAACUUAAUAAAUACUCUUUACUGCCUUAGGGAGACGAUGCCAGUAAUGAUUUGCUUUUUUCAUAGUGACUUAGCCAUCUUAAUUGUUUUUUAAAAUUGGAAAAUUCAAAUUUUUUAAUAGAAGAUUUGAAGAGAUAACUUAAGCAUAAAGAUAACUUAAUAAAUACUCUUUUCUGCCUUAGGGAGACGAUGCCAGUAAUGAUUUUUAAAAAUUUGACUUUUUCAUAGUGACUUAAUUAAUUACUUAAUCCUGUGCCAUUUAUUAAAAUUCUGAUCAUACUCUUCAUCAGAAAAUUAAUAAAUUCUGGCAACUAUCAUUUUUUAAUUCAAGUUCUGGCCAGAAUUGGCUCGUCAGAUCCAUUUGACGAACCAAAUGUAAAUUUUCCAUACAGCCUCUCUUCAAGUUCUCGAGAUUGAUCAGGUAGAAUUCUUUAUUUAGGCUGUUUGUCUCCCCCAUGAAUAAGGAAUAGCAGGUUUUCAUAUGUCCAAGACCCUCCGGUAAAACCUAGGAAUGCGCCUUAUCGUGCUAUUGAGGAGAAAGUUCUAUAUACAACUGAAGAAAUAAUUCAAAUUUUGGAAAAGCAAACUAUUAGCCAUCACCCUGAGCCAAGUUUUUCUAUUAUAAAUAUACAAAAUGGUGAAAAAAUCAAAGUUGGAGAAGUUAAAAACGGGAAAUUGCUGAUUGAAAAUGAUAUGGUUUAUCCUGGGAACUCCACAUCAAUUCCUAACAUGCCAAAAAUAAGUAUUACUAUUUCUCUUGCUGAUGGUAUCACAGAUCCAGGCAGCGCCGAUUUCACUUAUCUUGCUUUGAUCCGACAAGGAAAUCAUUAUGCCUUUAGCGUUGCUUACCAGUCUGGACUCCUUAAGUUAUUAUGUAUCCGGCCAUAAGCGCUCUCACAGGCGCUGACCAUCCGCCCCGUCUCGGCUCCAAAAAUGGCAUGGCGACAAUUUUGGAUUUCCGACCUGAACCAUCUGUCUAGGGGAUUAGCUCGCCCUGGACAGAGCCGCUCCUAGAUAGCGCCCCGAUGGUCUCGGUGAGGAAAUACCAUGUGGUAGGCAAAACCUGUCUAGCCCAUCUAGCAGGAACAGGGAAACCCUUCGGGAGAAAUAAAACUUCCCUUUUCGGCAAGGCAUCCCCGAGUCUGAAGGCCUGUUUCCACCGGAACAGAGGCCCAGGAUGGACAUAGGGAGUGCGCAUCGGAGACAAAGUUUCAUCAACGACACCAUUUUAUUUUUCCUGUUCUCCUUAGGAAUUUCAAUUUGAAUAUUCAGUCGACAGACUGUGGAGCUAGUGUUUACGAUCCGACCUACUCAAGACCAUGCUUUGGCCGGCUCAAAUCCAAUAUGGGAGUAGUUUAUUUGUCCUCUUUAUAUGAUAAUGUUUGCUAUGGAGAUAUCUUAGAUUUUCGAGCUCUCGGCAUUUCAGCUCCUAUCAUAUCUGAUGGGUGUGCAAUGCCUCUAUUUACCAAUAAAGCAGUAUUCCCAGAAAUUAUGACAGUUCUUAAAGAAAUGUCAUAUACAGCUGGACUUCUUCCUGAGCUUGCAAAUAUUUUUGGAUGAAAAAAUGUUGUACUUAUCCAAAGACCUGAAUGAGCUCAAAGCGCAUAUGAAAUUGCGUUAACACAGCUCUCAAGUUUGCAUAUAGGGAUCGCUAAUAACCAGUCUUAUUAUUUCAGCACCACUUAUACAAUUGAUCAGUUUGAGAAAUACAAAGAUUUUUUCUUAGACAUAAUCAACACUAAAUGCAGAAUUGUGAUUGCCUUGGUCGAUCCCAUAACAUUUGGAAGCCUCUUGAUAUCACUUUAUGAUUUAGGAAUGAGAAAAGGUGACUUAAUCUUUUUGCAUCAUUAUAGGAUUUCUGUUACAGAUCUUGUUGUUGGGUUCGAAACCGAUAUUGAUAAAAUUCUUGAGUUACUACAAAGGUCCUUAACUGUACACACAGCUGAGUGGAUAGGAACUUAUGGUGAAACAAUAAAAAACCAAGUCGAGCAAAUCUUUCAUUGAUCAAAUUUUUUAGGCUUUGCUUUUGACCAAACUAUGUUAGCUUUAAAUGGAAUUGAUUAUAGCAUUUCUAAAGGAGAUAACCUUGAAAAUUCUUCAGCAGUCAAUGCCAACAUCAGAAAACAAAGAUUUGUCGGGGUAACUGGGACUGUUUCAAUUGAGUCGGAUAGCAAUAGCAGAAGUAACUUUUAUAUAAAUAUUUUUAGUGUGCUUCCUGUUUCAAAAAUAUCUGAAAAAGGAGACGAAAAGGUAGGAAAUUAUAGCAUCUCUGGAACCCAACGAUUUUUAUUUAAUAAAAUCACAUGGCCAGGUGAAAUAAAUACAAUUCCAAGCGAUAUGAGAACAAAUCAAAUCGACUGUCCAUUUGAUUAUAGAUUAGUUCAAGACUCUUUGGAUGGGAAAAUGAUAUUUUUAGCCAUAGUCAGCUUCUUAAUUGUGAUUGAAAUAUUUUUAGGAAUUUUUCAAAAAAAUCGCUGGAGAGGAGUUAAAAUUGAGAAUCUUAGUGACCCAAAAAUGAUGAAAUUUGGAGACAUCUUGAUAAUGGCGAUUCUUUGAAUAGAAACUCUAGAAUUAAUAGCAAUUGGUCCUGAUAUGAGAUCUUACAGUAUAGUGAUUUCCAAGUCUAUCAGACUUGUAUCUUCAGAUUGGGGUGGGCCACUAGAUAUCACUGGUGAUAAUUUUUGAAUAGAAAUAUAUGCAGUAAUAUCACUUAUAAGCUUUAUGGCCUAUUCAGCCUGCGUAUUAUGAAAAAAAAUGAGCAAAAAACAUCAUCAUUACUUUUUCGAGCUUAAUGAGCUAAUCGCAAAAAUAGGGAUUCUUUUACUUUGCAGCAUUGCGUAUAUUCCAUUAGUCUCAAUAGUUUUAUCUGUAUUUUUAUGUAAAGAGAGGGCGGGGAGCUCUAUUACUGAUAGCUUUGUGUCUCAUGAUUGUUACACGUAUUGCUGGUCAGGGUUUCAUUUAGCGAUUUCUUUACUGUGCUUUACUAUUUUAAUUAUAUAUAUGACUCUUGUUAUUUAUUUUCAGCCUUCAUGACAGCUUUUUCAUCCAAUUUUCAAUAUUAUUAUAAAUCCAAAAGUAGCAGUCUACAAAUCAGCUUUGUAUUUUAUAAUGAUUGGAGUCAAUAGAAAUGUGUUUUUGAUAGAUAAAGCCUUAGGGGGCUUGAUUUAUUCCUUUAUGCUACUUGUCCUUGCUUUUUUAUACUGAAAAGUAAGGAUUUAUAAUUAUCCACGAAUGAAUAUGUGGGCUAUUAUAGCAGUUUUUGCUGUAAUUUGGAGCAAUGCAGUUUCAAGUGUUUAUUCCAUUGUCAAUGAUGGAAAUAAUUUCUUCUGGGAAAUUGCAUUAGUGGCUGGGUGGAGUAUUUUGGGGUUUGUUGGGAUGCUAUUACAAAAUUUUAAAUUCCCAAAUUUAUUGACUACAGAAAAAGGAAUCGAAAUGGGAGUUUUAUUCAAGUUUAUCUUACUCCCUCGAAAGCAAAUAAAAAAAUUUUGUUCAUGAGGAGGCUAAUGCUUUAUUUAAGAAUUUAUAUAUAAAUUUCAUAGUAAAUUUUUUUAAAAAAAAUCCUAUUUGAAAUAAUUUUAAAUGAAUAUUAAUUUAUGUUUUAAAAUGCAAGCUGUUUGAAAUUAAGCAGAAUUAGUUAGAGAUUUUAUUAUUAUAAUUAUCACUUAUAUAUCAAAAUAUUUUUUCAUGCAAAUUUUAUUAUUAAAAAAAUUUUUUGCUUGCUCACUGAGGGGAGGAGUUAGGAGGCAAAGUUUUAGCCACUGAUAUAAAUGAAUUGAAGAUGCUACCACGAGUUCAAGGUAAUGCUUCUUCAAAUUGUAACGCCUCAUAUUCAGAAGUACAAUUCUUCGUAGCUCCAGAUGAACAUUCAAAAACUAAGGCGCGUUUCUCAGCUUCUCAAUUAGUUUUAGAAGCUUAA